AUGGCGGACGCCGAGGCUGAGAAAGCCGAGAAGCUUGCUGCGGCCAAGAAGCGUUUCGAACAGCUAAAGAAGGAACAGGCGAAGAAGACGAAAAAGACGGGCAAGAAGAAGAGCGACAAGGAAGCUGCCGGCGAUGCCAAGCCAGACGAUGUGGUGGGUUCGGCGCAAGUGGAGGAUGCUGGCGACGCAACCACGACUGUCGACGACAAGACGACAGUUGCAGAUGAUGCGCAAGCAGAUGGCGAGGAGGAUGUGAGCGAGAAGUCUGAGCUCGAGCGGCAACCAUCCCUGCCUAUCCAGUCCAAACAGCGAUCCGAAUCAUUCAGACAAGGCGGUGCAGGUCCAGGAGCAGAAGUCCAAGAUCUGUACAAGAAGCAGGCUGCGCGGAUCGAGGAGCUAGAGAAGGAGAGCAAGGCGUACAGAGAGCAACAGGAGGAAGGCGCGACCCGAUUGGCAAAGGUCGAGGAGGAGCUGGAGAGCGUGCGAGAGGAAGGCAGUGAUGCGGCGGAGCUGAGGAGCAAGGCCAAGGAGGCAGACAAGCUGAAGGAUGAGCUUGCUGGUGUGCAGAGACAGCUGGCUCAGGCUCAGACGGCGGCCAAGGGUAGUAAUAGACGGAUGUCCACCGUCACACCGAACCACAGCCAGGAACUCGCUUCGAAAACAUCAGCCAUGGAGUCGCUUGAGCUAGAGCUAAGCACAAUCCGUAAUCAGCUUCUUAGCCUACAGUCGACUAUGAGCGAACGCGAUACUGCUAUCAAGGACCUCGAGGAGCGCUCCAAGAUGGCCGAUUCAACAACCGAGACAUAUCGGCAAGAAUUGGAGCAGCUUAAGGUCUCUAUGGCUUUCCCCAGCGACGAGACGAUAGCCGCGAAGGAAGAUCCCGAGGCUCUUACCAAGCGUAUUACGGUACUCGAAUCGGAUCUGCGGACAGCGAACAGCAAUCUAGACACCGCCCAGCAGCGCGCCAUCACUCUCGAGCAGAAGAUCGAGGCCCUAACAAAACUGCAUCGCGAUGCGACAAACACCAGCAAUGUAAAGGACAAAGAGCUCACCGACCUACGUAACCAGCUGCGGAGAAGAGAACGCGGCUCCCACGUCCGGGACGCCUCGGAAUUCGAGCUCUUGGAGGAAGAGACGGAGACGGGUGCCCUACAAGCCCGUAUCAGAGCUUUAGAGGCCGAGACAUUUGAUCUUCGCCGCGGUGUCUGGCGUGAUAAGCGGGUGGAAAUACAACCUGGUAUGGAGGAUCAAGGGCAAGACUACGAGGAUGUGGAUCUGACCAAUGGGUCUUAUAACGGCUCUGCGAGCACGCGGAAUCGAUUGGGAAGCAUACCGCGCCAACAUUCCAACUUCCAGGAUAUCAUCACCUCGGGCAUCAGUGCUUUUACUGGUCGGCCGCGGGAAGCGAGUUCAACACAGCAGCAGAGGGAGAGGGGCCAGAGUCUGGGGUUGUUGGAUGAUGAUAAUGAUGAGGUUUUCGAUGCGGAUGCUUUUCGUUUGGCGCAGGAGCAGGAGGCGAAGAGGAGGCUUGAGAGGGUUAGGGAGGCGAAGAGGGGGUUGGAGGGGUGGAGGGGGUGGAGGGUUGAUUUGAUGGAGGGGAGGGAGGUAGAUGGUGGUUACGGUGGGGGUGGGGCGGUGUUUGAGGUGUGA